ACUUACAAUUUUAUUUUUCUUUAGGUUCUAUAGAUACUUACACUUGACUACGUCCGUAAAUUUUAGAAUUCGAACGGCAAUUUUGAAUUAUUCCUUUUUCUUUGAAACCUGAUUCCCGUUGAAAUUUGAUCUAUGGUGGUUACAACUGGUUUAAACAAAAAAGUUAAAACCGCGCGAGGGUUUAUUCGUUCUGAAUAAAGACUCAAUCAACAGUGUUAAAUUCAAAGUCUCACAAUGAAAGAUGUUUGUAGAAACUUCCAGCGAGGCAGCUGUAGUUAUGGAGAAAGGUGUAGAUAUCUUCAUGUACAACAACAGCCACAGCGAAAAUCUAAUAAUGUUAAUGGUUUUGGAGGACAACCCAAUUCUCAACAGCACCCAAAUACAAACCCUUUUGGAUUUGGGUCUGCCUCUUCUGCCUCACAGCAACAGCAAAAGACCAAUCCUUUUGGUUUUGGCAACCAAAACACCAACCAGUUGAAUGGGAAACCAAACCAAUUCCAGCCUUUUGAAAACAAAUGGAGUCGAUCUUCAUCCAAACCCCAGAAUGGCACUCCACGUCAAUCUGAUAACCAUUCCCAAACGGUGAAUCAUAAAUGCACAGAUCCCGAGGUUUGCAAGCGCCAGAUUGCAGAAGAUUUUGAGCAAGAGAAACCGCUUUGGACACUUACAUGCUACGGUCAUUGCAAAGGUGCUCCUUGUGACAUUGUUGGAGAUAUUAGCUAUGAAGAACUACGGGCAGCGGCUUAUGAGGAUGCUAAGAAUGGAAUGAAUUUGCAAUCAAUUGUUGAGAAAGAGAGAAACAUACUAAAAUCCAAAUUGGUUGAGUUUGAAAAACUACUUUCUGAACCCUACAAAAUGCCUCUGAAUUCUUCUAUUGACAUCCAAAAGCACCAAUCUAAUGGAGCCAAUGCAAAUGCAUUUUCACUAGCCACUCAAAAUAAUGGUCCUUUAGCAGUCUCAAGCUUUAGCCAACUGGGUGCUUCAAUGAACACUGGUUUUGAAAGGCCCGCUGCUGCACCACUAAUGGCCACUCCAGUGCAGCCUAGUUCCUUUGGAAAUGGAGGAAACUUUUUCACAUCCAACACAGAAAAUCUAUUCGGCAGUGGAAUCUUGGGUGGUCAAAGCACCCCCUUUUCUACACCAGCGGAGUUGACAAUGUUUCCAGGUUCAACUUCCCAGCCCCAACAACCAUCCUUUGCGUUCAAUAACACUAGCUCCACUACAAUGCUUCCGACAGCAUCAGAUGUUCUAAAUACGUCCCAAGUGGAGAAUGUGUCCGGAGAUGUCAGUAUCUGGUUAAAGGAGAAAUGGAAUCCUGGAGAGAUUCCGGAAGAAGCUCCUCCAGAUAGAUUUGUUCGGUAGACAUCUGUGUAUUGGCAUGUGAGACAGGGCGGCUAGUAGUAUUUUUCUAAUAACUUUAGGUCCUUUCUUUGUUGAAUUAGAGGUAUAUCCACUGUUGAAUGAACAACAAGAAACGAGGAGGCAAAAGCAAAGACUCGAUUAAAGUUCUCACAAGUCCUUCAUUGAUAGUUAUUACACAAUCCUCUUAUUUAUGUAGUAUUUUUCUUCCUGUAAAAACAUGAGUGUCAUAUCAGGAUAGAAAAAUUAUUUGUGUUUGCAAGAAAUUAGUUCCUCUUUGUCCAAAAAAGGAAAUUAGUUUAUCCUUUUUCUUUGUAACACGACAAAAAAUUAUGCUCCUCAAGAUAGAAAAUUUUCAGUUUUUGGGACAAAUUCAAGUCCACUUGAUA